UGCAAACCCAAAGUUUCUCACACUCAAAAUUACAUCCUUUAACUCUCUAGUACUUCUACUAGUUAAAAUGGCAACAAAGAUUCUCGUUAUUGUUCUUAUUAUCACCAGUGUUGUUGCUUACCCUACAAGCGCGAGGAGCCUAAUGGCAAUGAAGGCAAAAGCAGCAGCUGAUGAGCAGAAGGAAUAUUUUCGACACCCUUUACCACCUUUUUUUGGCGGUUUUGGUGGUAUGAGAGGUGGAAUUAGGCCUCCAUUUGGUUUAGGAGCAGGUAUUGGUGGACUUGGUGGUGGUAUUGGAGGUACAUUUGGAAGUGGUUUUGGCCCUUUUAUUGGAGGUGGUGGAACAAGUAGUGUUGCAGGUGGAGCUGGAACUGGAACAGGAUUUGGUUCUAGUAUUAAUGAAGGUUUUGGUGACAAUGGUGGCGAUAAUCCUAAUAAUGAAAAUGGUGCACUUGGUGCAGGUGACCUAGUUGAAGGAGGUGAUGCAGCAAUUGGACAUGACCUGCCUUGAACUUUUCUAUGAACUAGAACAAAUAAUAUAACAGUAGUAACUUCAAAUUGCACCUAGGAGAACUAAUUAAUUAUGUUCUUUUUUUCCCAAUAUUUCUAAGUUAUUCGAAUGCUGGCUGUAGCACGAAAUUUCGCAA